CAUGGUGUUGCUGUGCUUUCAGGCAGUCUGGAAGUGCUGCCUUCACUCCAGCACUGGAUUCAUCUUCAUUCAGUUUUGUAAUUUUGUGCUUUAUUUCCAAAAGCAGUUCAGCACAGGCUUUGGUGGUGACGUAAUUCAUGGCAGGCUUCUCCGGCUUUGACCACUAGAGGACACUCUUUACCCAUAAAUGGCGCUCAGAAACACACGCGAGAGGGCUCCCAGAUGAGAAGAGAUGCCUUUGGCUGCCCUGUAGUGGAGUGAGCAACAGACAAGAUUGUCCCAAAGAUGACCACCAAAGACAAAGUAAAGUGACAUCUCAGCAGGGCGGACCAACUGUCAGCACAGCACACUCAGGAAACAGGAUUUUGAUUGAGUGUGUGUGUGUGUGACUGUACAGUAUGUACAAGUGCUUGCGUGGAUGAGCAUGCGCCCUUGCUUCACGAGGAAGAGUUUAUGUGUGUAAACAAGAGUGAUUCAAGGAAAGAAGCGACGGAAAUCUUCUCAACGACAUGAGGCUAUAAAAACCAAACGCCGUCCACCUUCAAGGAGCUGCCGGCCAAAGGACAGAGCCUCUCCUCCCUGUGACCGGCUCGGCCAGGUGGCACCCAGGUUAUAACCCCCCCCACCACCACCACCCACCCAGGCCAUUCAGCCGCCAACAUGCUGCAGCAGAUUCUAAAGGACAUGUACAUCGACCCUGAUGUGCUGGAGGCUCUCAACGAGGACCAGAAAAAGACUCUGUUCCUGAAAAUGCGCCAGGAGCAAGUGCGCCGCUGGACGGAGCGAGAGGAGAAGCUGGAGAGAGAAGGGGGGGACAAGAGGACAAAGCCAAAAAAAGCCAACAGUAAGAAUGUGAGCUGGCUGCUGGGUCGGGAUGGAGACGUGGCGGUCGUUGUGAUCGGCGAGGUGGACGAGCUGAACGAGCUGAGCUCCAAAUUCAUCUGCUCGGGGUUCGGGGAGAAGAAGGCGCCGAAUCCUCAGAGCAAUUCAUACCAUCAAACUAUCCUGAAGAGCAGAAAACCCACAGAAGCUGUCAGAUCUGAGAAGCAGAACUCCCCCCCGAAAACACAACCUGGAAUUUCACUGGAUUUAAAGGGGAAACGUGAGGAGACGAGCACUUUACUCCCUCUGCCGGUGUCAGUGAGCGAGCAUUCAUCACCUCCAGCAGCAGCAGCAGCAGCAGCAGCAAAGCCCGAGUCGAAGUCAGCCAGUGCGACUGAGGAGAAGUCGGCUCCCCAGCCCUCCAUCUGCUCCCGGUCUCCCAUGAGAGCUAGCCCUGUCAAUGUGAGACCGGCUUCUGCAAAUGCGGCACCAGGCUCUGUCAACACGAGGCCUGGCCUCGCAAAUCUGAGGCUGGCCGCCGCCGCGCUAUCAGCUUCCCCCAGCAGCACUGUCAAAAUAGACUCUGGAGCAACGAUACCCACCAAAGUUGGCCUGCGUGCACCGGAGCCUCAGAAGCCCAAGGAAUCACAGGGUGGGAAAGAUAUCGGUGCGUCACAAGCGUCUCGGAGGGCCGCCCCAGAGGAGCCCGGGUCAUCAGGGAGCACCCCGACCUGCGCAGGGCGUGGCCGCGUGGCUCAGCUGAUGAAAACCUUCAGCGUCGAAAACACUGCUUCCCCCGCACAAACCCCUCCCCGAGGCAUCAAGCCCCCGCUCCCCUCCAAGCCGAGCCACUUGCGUCUGACGACCACGCCAACUGUGAGGUAAUCCUUACACACCGAUGCGCAGGCGCCCACCCAGCUUCGCUCACGCAUGACUCAAAUGAAGCCACACUGGACACAGUCGGACACCUGACGUGGAGCCUCAGCCAGUGGGCUAAUUGGACGGAGAACUCCGAAGGUGGCUGUCAGAAAUGUUAAAGUUCACAAUGUUGCUUUCACUCCCAAAGCACAGCAAUGGAAAUGCUUGAAUGUAAUGUUUUUACUAUUUUUUUUUUGGAUGCCACAGUACUGUAAACACUAUCUGUGCGGCAGAAA